AUGGAGCGUGUCCUCUGGAAGCAAGAUCCCUGUGCAGUGAGAGCUCCAACAUCCACGGAGCAGCAGCAGAACCAGGAGUCAGAGCAUGGAACAACUGUCACCUUCCCACGCCACGGAGAAAGUAAAGCUGAGUGCUGUGGGCAGGGACUGGCUUGCACCAUCAAGUUCUUCAAGUCUCAGGGAUAUGAAGAAAGAACAGGAACCUUUGAAAAAGGCAAGCCCUUACCAGAGGCCAGCUACCAAAAGAAAGGCAAAAACAAAACACCCAAACCGAUUAACGACGGGAAUGGGAGCCCCGGGCUGCAGGACUGCCCGGGUGGUCGGACUUGGAACCGCCGCUCUGGAAGGUUCCGGAGUGGCAGGCGGAGGGGGCGGCUCCCUGGAGCCAGGGCGGAGCCGGCGGCGUGCAGGGGUCGGGCUACGCCUCUCGGCAGUGCCGGUUGGCUGCAGCCGCUCUCCGCCCGGCAGGAGACGCUCCCACGGAGGGCCAGCGGCGGCGGCGGCGGCUCCCGGGCUCGCGCUCGCUCGCCGGCUGCCCCCUCCCGCCGCAGGACCGGCCGGGCGCCCUCGCGGGCCGGGCAGCAGUUGACCAUGGACCUGCGGAUGCUCUCCCGGGAGCUCUCGCUCUAUCUGGAGCACCAGGUCCGGGUUGGCUUCUUCGGCUCGGGAGUGGGCUUGUCCCUGAUCCUGGGCUUCAGCGUUGCCUAUGCCUGCUACUACCUGAGCAGCAUUGCCAAGAAACCCCAGUUAGUCACCGGCGGGGAGAGUUUCAGCCGCUUCCUUCGGGACCACUGCCCGGUGGUGACGGAGACGUACUACCCGACCGUGUGGUGCUGGGAGAGUAGAGGACAGACCCUGCUGAGACCUUUCAUCACCUCCAAACCCUCCGUGCAAUACAGGAAUGAGCUUAUUAAAACAGCAGAUGGAGGGCAGAUUUUACUGGACUGGUUUGAUAAUGAUCACAGUCAGUGUUACAUGGAUGCUAACACCAGACCUACCAUCUUACUGUUGCCUGGCCUCACUGGAACGAGCAAGGAAUCCUAUAUCCUCCAUAUGAUCCAUCUCAGCAAAGAAUUGGGAUACAGAUGUGUGGUUUUUAACAACAGAGGAAUGGCCGGGGAGGAUCUCUUGACACCAAGGACUUAUUGUUGUGCUAACACUGAAGAUUUGGAAACAGCUGUUCACCAUGUACACAGCCUGUACCCUGCUGCCCCUUUUCUGGCAGCGGGGGUUUCAAUGGGAGGAAUGCUGCUUUUAAACUACCUGGGCAGAAUUGGGUCUCACACUCCUUUGAUGGCAGCUGCCACGUUUUCAGUUGGUUGGAAUGUCUUUGCUUGUUCAGAAUCAUUGGAGAAGCCCCUGAACUGGCUACUUUUUAAUUACUAUUUGACAACCUGCCUCCAGUCUUCAGUGAAGAAGCACCGGCAUAUGUUUGUAAAACAAAUUGACAUGGAUCAUGUCAUGAAGGCUAAAUCUAUCAGAGAGUUUGAUAAGCGAUUCACUUCAGUCAUGUUUGGAUACCAAACAAUCGAUGAUUACUAUACUGACGCCAGUCCAAAUCGUAGGCUGAAGUCUGUAGGGAUUCCUGUCUUGUGUCUGAAUUCUGUGGAUGAUGUUUUCUCACCUAGCCACGGUAUCCCAAUAGAAACAGCUAAGCAAAACCCUAAUGUGGCUUUGGUCCUUACUUCUUAUGGAGGCCAUAUUGGUUUUCUGGAAGGACUCUGGCCACGGCACACCUACAUGGAUCGAGUCUUCAAGCAGUUUAUGCAAGCCAUGGUUGAACAUGGACAUGAACUCUCUUAAUUCAUCAGGUGCUUUCUAUCCGAGCCACCAUUAUAAAGCUUAGUGCACACAUUUUAACUACUCUAUAUAAAGCAAAUAAGCCAGCAGGUGGGAGAAGAGGUCCAGAAUGACAUGCAAAAACUACUUUUUGGGGAAAUAAAACCAACUUUGUAGCAAGAAAUGAAAUAUAGUAUUAGAUUGUUACUUAGAUUUUAUUUUUACUAUGCCUUACCAAGUAUGACCUUAAAUAAAGUAGUAUAAAUGGAACUGCACUUAACCAAAACUAUCAUGUAAAAAGAUUUUAAUUCCUCAGGGUUUUGAUUUAGGCUAGUAUUUUUUAGAUUACUCAUUUUAGGUAAUUUAAUGGUACUUUAAUAACUGUUAAAUGAUUUUGUUUAUUGGAAUGUUAAGUUACAAAUUGGCACAUUCCUAAAGGUGUUCAUACCUGAUGAUAUAUCAUGAUGAUAAUAUGAAAAGACUGGAAUACAGUGCGCUAAAUCUUUUAUGUAUCCUAACUUUACAAGGCAAGUGCAAUAAUGUAAGACUGAUGUCAAUAUAUGCUCUUUUACUCUGAUAAUAUUCUAUUAGGGCUGAUUUAUGUUUUAUAAUGAUUAUAAUUCACGUUUAUUUUUAAAAUAGUCUAUGUACAUACAUAUAUAUCAAUAUAUUAAAAUAAACUCUAGCCUUUUAAAAUG